CACCGUGAAAACUUGGUUUGAAAGAAAUGGAAAGAGUUUAUAUUCGAUAGAAGGGUUUUCGACCAGACUAUAUUCUUUUCAUUAUGGAUGGUUCAUAUAAACGACUGUCAUCAACAGGCUACAAGGCAGUGUCAGUAUAUUCAGCUUUCCUUCUAUUGGCUGGAUCCUGCACCCAGUUGAUCAUGUUCAUAGUCCUGCUGAAACGGGAGUAUCGCAAAAAAAUUCUAACACCGUGCUUCUUAAGCAUAAUUGCUUCGAACUUUCUUUUGCUUUAUGGAAGUCUGCCGUUUACUUUCGUUUCCUCUGUGAUGAAAGGGUGGAUCUUCAAUGAUAAGAUCUGCCAUUUUGUUGGAUUUGUCGCAGGAACAGGAAGCGUAUCAAUGAUAGCAACAAUGGCAGUUAUUACAGURAAAAUCUACCUCUUGGUGAAGAACAAGCCAUUUGUGGGUAAYAGAAUUGAACGCGACAACUCACAAACCAAGGUUCUGCUUGGUGUGUGGUUGUAUUCCGUCUGUGCAAUGCUUCCUCCGUUGACUGGAAUAACUGAAAUGAGCAUCGAAGGAGCUGGUACAAACUGCGUGCCACAAUGGUCUCCCGAAAACACAAGCGGACGAGUAUAUGUGAUGUUUCUACUGACCAUGGCCUACAUCAUUCCUGUUUCUGUAUCGACAAUAUACCUCGCCAAAAUCCGAAAGGUGAUCAACAAGAAUACCAGUGAAAGUAAUUACUACUUUGUCAACCUUUGCUUCAGAAAUCUAAGAAACAUCAACAAAAUGUGCAUGUUCGCUAUUGUCUUCUUCACCAUAGCUUGGCUGCCUUACGCAAUUGUGGUAGUAAUUUGCAUGUUUGGAAAGAAAUCUUCAAUCAGCCCAGAAAUAGAAAUGGCUCCGACGUUGUUAGCCAAGACCAGUGCAAUAUGCAACCCUUUUAUCUAUGCUAUCGUGAACCCAAAGUAAGAAAACAUUUAUUUAUCGGU